GGCUGCGCCGCCGACGCUUUCCCUCACUUCCAUCUGCAGCUACUCGACCUUGACUUUGCGACCCGCGGUCCUUAGACUUCUGACCAUCGCAACAGAUAACAAUAACCACAACCACAACCACAUCAGCAUGGGUAAACGCAAGAAGAGCUCGCGCAAGCCAACAGGUCCGAAGAAGCGCGAACCGCUGGCCACCAGCUUCAAGUGUGUCUUCUGUAGCAAUGAGACAUCCGUGACUGUAGCCAUCGACAAGAAGACACACAUCGGCACGCUCAACUGCCGCGCAUGCGGCCAGAAUUACCAGUCCGUUAGCGACAUGAAGGCACUCAUGGCACCAGUAGACGUCUACUACGAAUGGAUCGACGCCUGCGAGGAAGUCGCCAAGGACACAGCCGCCGCCGACAACCCUGCCAUGCCGCCAUCAUCAAUGCCGCGUGCGCAGCGCGCAGCAGGUGUCAGGAACGGUGCCGCGCCCGGCGAGAAGAUGACCGAAGAAGAUGCGCGGUUCAUCGACGAUACCGACGAUGUGGACGCUGAGGCAGAAUAUGCUGAUGAUUGAGCGCAACACUCAGGAAGUCCGGUUCAUCACCGUUGAAGACCAGCAUGCACAGCACUAGUCACGAGUAUGACCUUACUCGCGACAUACAUUCUUGGAGCACCGAGCGCAUUCUGAGUAUCAUGCUGGAAGCCGCCCUCGAGGAGGAGGUAGAAAUAGCCAGAGAACAGGGCUUCAAGAGGGUGCAGGACCUGCGCCAAAACCUUCGAUACAUGCGAGGGCAGAUCGAGCGAGAGGCUUUACGUGGUGCCCAGAAAGGUUUGCGUCGGAUCAGACGAGGUCUGAGACACACUCAAGGCUUGGAGUAGGAAGUGAGUGGGUGGUGGCAGUAUUGCUUACGGAGGAAAGCUCGAAAGGAGAAGCCAUCAUCGGCGUAGCAUUUUUGGUACUCUCAUACGAUAAACAGUCUGACGUCUUUCUAACAAUCUCCUCUCUCUAGAUCUUGAAGUCCAGCACGAACGGCAG